AUGGCGACACAGGGGCUGGCGGCCUGGCUCUUGGUGCUGCUGGCCGUCUUGGCGGUGGCUCAUGCCUCCGUCUUCCAGUCCAAUCAGAGACUGAAACCUCGGUUCCAGCGAGACCGGCGCAACAUCCGCCCCAACAUCAUCCUCAUCCUCACCGAUGACCAGGACAUUGAAUUGGGCUCCAUGCAGGUCAUGAAUAAGACCCGGCGGAUCAUGGAACAGGGUGGAACGCACUUUUCCAACGCGUUUGUCACCACGCCCAUGUGCUGUCCGUCACGCUCCUCCAUGCUGACGGGGAAGUACGCCCACAACCACAACACCUACACCAACAACGAGAACUGCUCUUCGCCCUCCUGGCAGGCCCAACAUGAGCCGCGCACUUUUGGAGUUUACCUAAACAGCACUGGCUACAGGACAGCAUUCUUUGGGAAGUAUCUGAAUGAGUAUAAUGGUACUUACAUUCCUCCGGGCUGGAAGGAAUGGGUCGCCAUGGUGAAGAAUUCCCGCUUCUACAACUACACUCUGUGCAGGAACGGUGUCCGAGAGAAACAUGGAUUUGAAUACUCAAAGGACUACCUGACAGAUCUCAUAACCAAUGACAGCAUCAGUUACUUCCGCAUGUCAAAGAAGAUCUACCCUCACCGACCCAUCAUGAUGGUGAUCAGUCACGCCGCCCCUCAUGGCCCGGAGGACGCGGCCCCUCAGUACACCACUGCCUUCCCCAAUGCUUCACAGCACAUAACACCCAGUUAUAACUACGCCCCUAAUCCAGACAAACACUGGAUUAUGCGCUACACCGGCCCCAUGAAGCCCAUUCACAUGGAGUUCACCAACAUGCUGCAGCGCAAGAGACUGCAAACCCUGCUGUCCGUGGAUGAUAGUGUGGAGAAGAUAUACAACAUGUUGGUGGACACUGGGGAGCUGGACAACACAUUUGUGAUCUACACGGCUGACCACGGAUACCACAUCGGUCAGUUCGGCCUGGUCAAGGGGAAAUCCAUGCCCUACGAGUUUGACAUCAGAGUUCCCUUUUACAUCCGCGGCCCAAAUGUGGAGGCAGGAGGCAUCAACCCCCACAUCGUGUUGAACAUAGACUUGGCGCCCACCAUCCUGGACAUCGCAGGGAUGGACGUUCCCCCAGACAUGGACGGCAAGUCCAUCCUCAAGCUCCUGGACACAGACCGCAUGAUGAACAGGAAGUGGCAGUGUGUUGAAGACACCACAGGAAAGUUGAGGUUGUCUAAAUGCAAAGGCAUGGCCAGUCUGUCUGCAGUGCAGAAGCCGUCUGUAUCCAGCAUCAAAGCACAGAUUUAUCUGCAGAGCAUGAGCACUGAUGCCAGCGUGAACUCUGAGCCUCAAGGCUGCAACUGUGAACCCACAAGCUACAGACUGAGCACCUUCUCCAAGAAUAAACUGUUCUCCAAAAAGAAAGUGAAAUCCCUGAAGAGCUACUCCAGGAACCGCUUUGCCCGUGCUGUUUCCAUGGAGAUGGGAGGAGACCUGUACGCAGUGGACCUGGAUCAUGAAUACAGACCCUCAGGCCCCAGAAACCUCAGCCUCGGGCAGAACACAGUGGACGAGGACGAGUUCAGUGGUGUGGGACCCACUGCAGUCAGCCAGACCAGCAACAGCCUGACUGUGCCCUCCGCUAUUAAAGUCACUCACAGAUGUUUUUUUUUGGCCAAUGAUACAGUAAAAUGUGACGUUGGUCUGUACAAAUCGCUGCAAGCAUGGAAGGACCACAAGCUCCACAUCGACCACGAAAUCGAAACACUCCAGACGAAGAUUAAAAACCUUCGUGAGAUCAGAGGUCACCUGAAAAAGGCUCGACCUGAAGCGUGCGACUGCAACAAAUACUAUUACAAAUCCAAGUACAAGAGUAAGCUGAGGAAAUUCAAAGCAGGAGGUGUCCAUCCCUUCAGGAAAGGACAGGAGAAGGAUAAGAAGGCCUGGUUGUUGUUGGAACAAAAGCGCAGGAAGAAGCUGAGGAAGUUACUGAAGCGCCUGCGUAACAAUGACACCUGCAGCAUGCCUGGCCUCACCUGCUUUACACACGACAACCAGCACUGGCAGACCGCUCCAUUCUGGACAUUGGGGCCGUUUUGUGCGUGCACUAGUGCCAAUAAUAACACCUACUGGUGCAUGAGGACCAUUAAUGAGACACACAACUUCCUGUUCUGUGAAUUUGCCACUGGAUUUCUGGAGUACUUUGACAUCAACACGGAUCCGUAUCAGUUGGUGAAUGCAGUGAACACACUGGACCGGUAUGUUCUCAAUCAGCUGCAUGUACAGCUCAUGGAGCUCAGGGGCUGUAAGGGGCACAAGCAGUGUAACCCUCGCACACGCAGCCUCGACUUCGAGGACAGAUAUGGGAAGGAUGGGAAGGAUAACUCAUGGAACGAGGGCGUCCCGGAAGACACCAACAUGUUUCCCGGCAAGCCGAACUGGUCCAAACUUGAACCUUUGUACAGACUUGAUGAGCACGCCUACGAUCUCAAACUCAACUUCACCCUCAGCCUCGAGGACUGGGCUCAUUUCAGCCGCUCCGUGGACCACAUGUUCACGCUCCUCAGCAAUGACAACCAGCCGUACUCUCCACGCCGCCCUGACGAUGGACAAACAGGAAGAGGCCACGCCCUGGUGUCCUCCAGCCAAUCCGCUUCAGCCAUCUACCUGACCACUCUGGCCACGCCAGCUCUUUUAUUGAAGGAAGCUGGCGCUGAGGUCUUAAGAGACGCUUUGGGGCUAAACCAAGUGGAACGUCCCUCUUCUUCUUCUCCUCCUUCGCCUUCAUCACAUCCCAUGCAACCUGCGGGGUCGCAGGUGGACAAUGCGGGCUGGGACACUCCUCUUGGAGAACUGAAAGGGGACAAACAAAUAGAAGGGAGGGACGAUGAUGAGGAGGAAGAGGAGGAGUUUGUUCAGAGACGGACAGGAAGGUUAAGCUCCGCCCACUGUGACUGCAAUGACAUUUUGCAGGAAACGGUUUGACUCUCAUGUAACAUUCCUCUCUCAUACCGUCCCUCCUCAGAGAGACAUCGCAGAAAACUUCUAAAUUUGAUGGAAGUGAAGAAAGAGGAUGUUUAAUGCCAGCGUACAGUCCUUCGGUUUGUUUUUCUUCUCCCAUAUGUUCCCUCACUCCAUUAUGGACUGGCCUCAGAAGCGCGGCGACACCCAGCGACAUUUCCAUCUACAGUCGGACUGUUUUCCCAACUUGUCCAUGAGAUCAGCUAGGCUUUGAACAGAGCACAUUUUUAUCUUUUAACUUAGAUUCUUUACUCUGUUUUUAUUCUUUCAUCUUUUUUGAUGGGAUUUGGGAAGGUUGGGGGUUAAAAUUCAUAGCAGUAAAACUUCACAAGGGUUGAGUUGUUGUGACCGUUCAUACUUGAUUCAGUUUGAAACCGGUUUUGCACCAUAAUUCUUGAUGGCUGCUUUUCUCAUUUUGGUGUCUCCAGAGGGUGUCUCACUUUUUGGGACGAUGUCUUUUACAGUCUUCACUGAACAAAACCUCAAACAGGUCAAUGACGAAUGUGUGUUUGCGUGCUGUGUGAGUGUGAACACGCUGUAUCUGAAGUCAAAAGUGAAUUUGAGAGCAUUCUGAUUUCAUUUGUUGCUCCCAGUGUAUGUUAUAGUAUUAUUUAGUUUAAUCUUAAAUAUUGGACAGUUUUUUUUGUUCAAUAGAAAUAAAUCUAAGUUUCUUACAAUUUCUUUGCUGUUAUUGCAGCAUAAUGAGUUGAACCAACUAACCACAAAAACAAAAACAGUUAAUUUGAUGUAUCGGUCAUUAUUUGUAUUUGACAAAAUUGUAUGUUUUCCCCAAGCACAUUGAGAAAGAAAUUUUGAUGUACCGAACAUGCCACAUCAUAUUUGUAACCUUAGCUUGUUCUUAAAACCUUUGCUGUACACAAUGCUACUAAUAUCAGAGCAAAAAUAUUAAAUGGAUGUAUGUAUUUUAAUGUGUUUGCAAUGUAAAUGGUUAAAGGAUAUUUUUAUUACACAUUUGAAGCUAAACUGACCACCAGACAUAAAGAUUUCACUCCAGCUUCAGGUUUAUUUAUGCAGCAUAUUUGAACAGUUCUUUAAUACACAGUCAGUUUGUUAUGGUGACAUAUCUAAGAUUGUUUAAAUUAUUAAUCCACCUUCCUGAUGUAUUUCAUCCAUCCCUGUUUUGAGAUCAGUUUGGUUCUUUGAUGAUUGUGAUUCUAUUGUUCAAGAGGGUAAUAAUCUGAUCCCUGAUCAGUCCACUUACUCUGGGAUACUUCAUCAGUACAGGUCAUUGUGUUCACAUAUUUCAUAUCAAUGUACAACAUCCACCCCUCACCUCUCGUGGCUGUACUAAAAGCAGUUUUGUCUGAGAUUGUGUAUGGUUGUUUUAAAUACCACCAUAAUUAUUGUAAAGAUGUACUGUGCAUUAACUGGAGGAUAGGAGACAACUCAGAGAGAAGGAGAAAUGUUCCUUUGGCACUUUCAAAUAGGAAU